AUGGCGACGAAGGGGACGGCGGAACGGCCAAUGCUGGAGAUGUCGAACAGGAUAUUCACUCCAAAGGUAGAGGCCCCGAAUAUGAACCCAGCCACGGUGAAUCCGGAGAUGGAUGAGAAUGGUUUCAUUGAGAGGAUAAAUGCGACAAAUGGAAUGUUUGUAUACGGAGAGGAGAACAUAGUACUCUAUGGAGAAGAGAGGAUGGAUGCUACUGGACGCAAAAAAACCGUCCGCAUUCCACCUCAGAGACUGCACGUGGGUGAUAUUGUAGACAUUGCAUUCAGUAUGGUCGCAUUUGGAAGAGGAAGUGAGUUGAAGGCAAGAUUAUUGCUUCGCAAUAUUACACUUUUGGACGCAACUCAUACGCAAAAAUGGCUGAAGGAAAAAGUCAAAGCACAGUCCUUGAAUAUCAGAAUGCAGCCGACCCUCAAGCGACGUCUCGAGUUCGAAGACAACGAAGAAAAUACCGGAAAGCGAAUGAAGGGAAUGGAUAUCGAAAACAACGAAAAUGAGAUGGAAGACGACAAAGAGGAUGCCAGGUUGCGAAUGAGGGGAAUGGAUAUCGAAAACGACGAGAAUAGUAAUGAAAGGGAAGGAAUGUGUGACUAG